AGGAGAGAGAAAGAAGGAGGGGAAGGGGGAAGGAGAAGCAAGGCCGAGGGGGCCUGGUUAAGGGUGGCUGCGCUCCAGGACCCGAAGGGGGUGGGGCUGAGAAGAAAAGAAGAGGAUGGUUCUGGGGUCCCAGAGCUGAGUGCAGCAGGAGCUGGUGCGGUGGCUGGUGGGAGGACGUGGGAGGACGUCUUGGAGACCAUGGACACUCGGCCACUAGGAUCAACAAGAUGAGCUGCAGCUGUUCAGGACUGAGCAGGGUCUUGGUGGCCGUAGCUGUAGCCCUGGUUUCUGCCUCCUCCCCCUGCCCCCAGGCCUGGGGCCCCCCAGGGGUCCAGUAUGGGCAGCCCGGCCGGCCGGUGACGCUGUGUUGCCCAGGAGUGAGUGCGGGGACCCCUGUGUACUGGUUUCGCGACAAGGAGCCAAGGCUGCUCCAGGGACCUGACUCCGGGCUGGGGCAUGAACUGGUCUUGGCCCGGGCAGCCUUUACUGAUGAGGGCACCUACAUCUGCCAGACCCUGGAUGGUGAACUUGGAGGCACAGUGACCCUCAAGCUGGGCUAUCCCCCAGCCCGUCCUGUGGUCUCCUGCCAAGCGUCUGAUUAUGAGAACAUCUCCUGCACUUGGAGUCCCAGCCAAGUCAGUGGCUUGCCCACCCGCUACCUCACCUCCUACAGGAAGAAGAUGUUGCCAGGAACUGGUCACCAAAGGGUGAGUCUGUCCACAGGGCAGCCGUGCCCACAGGACCCCCCGGGGGCUGCACGCUGUGCCAUCUACUGGGCGGAGUUCUGGAGCCAGUACCGGAUGAAUGUGACCGAGGUGAACCCCCUGGGUGCCAGCACGCGCCUGCUGGAUGUGAGCUUGCAGAGCAUCUUGCGCCCGGACCCCCCCGAGGGGCUGCGGGUGGAGUCGGUUCCUGGUUACCCGAGACGCCUGCAUGCCAGCUGGACCUACCCCUCCUCCUGGCCCCGGCAGCCACACUUCCUGCUCAAGUUCCGACUGCAGUACCGUCCGGCACAGCAUCCGGCCUGGUCCAUGGUGGAGCCCGUUGGCUUGGAGGAGGUGAUCACAGACGCCGUGGCUGGGCUGCCUCAUGCGGUGCGGGUCAGUGCCAGGGACUUUCUGGAUGCAGGCACCUGGAGCGCCUGGAGCCUGGAGGUGUGGGGGACUCCAAGCACUGGGCCCCUAACAAAUGAGAUUCCUGAUGCGGGCAAGAUUCACACACAGCUGGUGGACAGCACCGCUCCUCCAAGGCCUUCUCCGCAGCCAGACCCGCGGCCACUGGAUCACAGGGACUCUCUGGAGCAGAUGGUUGUGCUGGCGUCUUUGGGAAUCUUCUCUUUCCUGGGACUGGCAGCGGGGGCCCUUGCACUGGGGUUCUGGCUGAGGCUGAGAUGGGGCGGGAAGGAUGCACACCAGAAGCCUGGAUUCCUGGCCUUGAGGAUUCCAGCCGACAAGCUUCCCGGUACUCCAGACCUGUAGAAGACCCACAAGAGCUUCAGAUGAUUCCACCUGUAACUGUCUGCUGGUGUGGAUGGAUGGACAGAUAGAACCAGGCAGGGCAGUAGAUCCCUGUGGAUGGGGUCUCAGCUGGAAGUUCUGUUUGGAGCUCACUUCUUUGAGACUCUCUAUUCCAAACUUGCCAGCUGGAAAGUGUCUGGACCUCUGACUUCAUCCAAGAGCUGAAGUCUACCUGAAGGAUGUCUGUAAUGUGUAUGUCUGUGUCUAUGUGUGGCCAUGUGUUUGUGAGGUAUGGGACAUGUGUUCUUUGCAUAUAUGUGUGUACGUGGAAAAUAUGUGGGUCCUUGGCUCUUGGCCUUGCCCCUUGCAAGUGCUGUGAAGGUGCAGGAUAAAGAGAAUGGAGAAGUUCUUGGAGAUCGUA